AUAGUGCCAAAUGUUUUUUCUACAGUAACUCCCAUUUCCCCUGUACCCAUUUCUUCAAUCUUUCUCCAUCGGCAUUUUGACCCAUUUCCCCCUCUCCCGAUAAUGUGCGAGGACUCUCUUCAUCUUCGGUGACGACCUUCCACUUUAUUCCAUCGACAUCUUUCAUCUCGACAGUCGUUCACCCUGUUCCAGCCCUCCAUCGACAACUUUCUUCUCAACCCCACUUUCUAACUCAAGGACACGGGAUGAGUCUCACAGUUCACUGAAACCGUAAGGUGUUUUAGCUGCCCAACCGAACAAUACCCAUCAUCAAAAGAAGCUCAGAUUUGGGUCCAAUGGUGAGUUUAAGAUACAACAAGUGGACUUUCUGUGGUGGAAAUUUACAUUGAACAAUACCCAUCAACCGACUUAUUUACAGUGAAAAGCACAGGUGGAAAUUUAGAAGACUCUGACUUGGGGAUAAGCAAAAGGGGUCUAAAACAGCUGCAUGAGAUGUUUAAUUCAGAAGGAGCAAUGCAGUGCCUAAGUUGAGAUGUUUAAUCCAACAACUUGAAAUCAAAGAGCAUGGAUAUCCUAGGAUCGUCUCCUUUUGAUAAGCCAUCCACAUAUUCUGAAAGUUUAGGUCCACUUUCAAAGCUUGACUCCCAUAGCAAUUCAUAUGCAUUUGAAUCUUCAAUGAGUUCAGUUUCUGAUAGUAUCGUGAGUGACCUGCCAAAACCAUCUGUAUAUGAAAAUGGCAUGGAGAGGAAACAUGAUUUUUACUUACCUAAGCAUAAUGAAGACUUUACAGCUCUGGAACAGCAUAUUGAGGAUUUGACACAAGAAAAAUUCUCCUUGCAACGUGCACUUGAGGCCUCUCGCGCUUUAGCAGAGUCAUUGGCUUCUGAAAAUUCUUCUCUUACAGACACAUAUAACCAACAGCGGGGUGUUGUUGAUCAACUAAAAUCUGACAUGGAAAAGUUACAGGAGGAAAUCAAGGCCCAAUUGGCACUUAGACUGAGAUCUAGUGAGCUAAAGCUUGAGAGGCAAUUGGAGAACUCACAAGCUGAAAUCUCUUCAUACGAAAAGAAAUUGUCUAGCAUAGAGAGGGAUCGUAUGGACUUGCGGUCAACUAUUGAUGCUCUUCAAGAAGAGAAAAAGCUGUUGCAGUCCAAGUUACGCAAAGCUUCCACUGGUGGAAAAUCCGUUGAUGUUACCCAGAGUAGUACACAUAAGAAAGAUGAAUCUACUUCUACCGAAGAUUUAGAAAAUGAAGAUACCAUUACCAAUACCUCGAAUCAGGAAGUGCAGGAUACAUCUUUUAUUGGAAUUGAUGCCUCCAAUUUUUCAAUGUUGCCUGACAAUGGCUAUUCAAAUAUACCUCCUGAUCAGAUGAGAAUGAUUCAAAACAUUAAUGCAUUAAUUGUAGAGUUGGCUAUGGAGAAGGAAGAGUUGGUUCAAACUUUGGCGUCUGAGUCAUCUCAUUGUUCUCAGUUGAAGGAGUUGAACUAUGAGUUGACCCGAAAACUUGAAGCUCAGACUCAGAGAUUAGAGUUUUUGACUGCUCGAAGUAUGGCUAAUGAGAAUAUCUCUGCAAGACAACCUGAUUCUCAGGAUGUCCGUGAGAGCAUUCAAUAUGCUGAUGAAGGUGACGAGUAUGGAAGAGGCAAAAAGAAAAUUUAUGCUUGUAGCACAACAACUUGCACAGGCUUUCAAGCUGUAAUGACCGAAGAAGAGUCAGAGAAGUUUAAUGGAACUGAUGUAGUGCUAUGAAUAUAUGGUCUGCCCUUAUUGUUGAGACAAGCAAUGCUUUCAGGGCUUUAUUCAGGGCAUUCUAACAUCAUCUGAACAGGUAUAUUAAGAUGAUUUCUUUGAAGCAAUUCUUGACAACAUUUGUAGUUGAGGCCUUUAGAAUGGAAAAAUGUAUUUCACUAAUUUUUGUAUACAUUUCUUGUUUUGUAUUUAGUGAUAAAGGAAUUUGAAUUGGUCAUAAAUUAUGUUGUAAUAUGAUUUCUUAAGCCUAGACUAGUAGACUAAAUAUUGUAAUUACAUUUGAGUAAUUAAUAAAAAUCUAUUUAUAUUA